UUGAACGGUUUUUUUUUGAUUAAAAAUAAGGAAGAAAAUAAAUUUGGAAAAAAGUUGGAGAAAAAGGCGGGAAAUCGCCUUAAAAACGCUUUCUUGUUAUGGAAAUAGGUUAUGUUUUUCCUCAAUAUUGUACUGUCUGUGAUCAACAGAUCGAAAAUCCCUAUAGUUUAUUGCUUUACUGCUCAGAUGAAUGUAAGAAGAAGGAUUCUGAAGAUGAUUGUCGUGAAGCUUUAUCGUUUUCUUAUAAAAAUUCAUUUUCUGGAUCUACAACAGUUUCACCUUCAUCAUCUUUUACAACUAUGCCACAUUUAUCCUGUACGAAUAUGAUCUUUGAGUGUGUUUAUCGGCCUCGUUAUGCUUCUAUGAGUCGUCUUUGUUCUCUCUCUGAUUCAGAAGAAAUUAAUGAAUAUGGGUCACCAGUUAAAUAUGUUCCGUCAACAGUGCCAGCUUCAUUAAUAAAUUAUAAAUCUAAUUCUCAUAAACCUAAGUCUCCUAUUUAUCGUAUGAAUUCUUUUUCAUCUUUAUCUGUACGAUCUAUUGAGUUGGUUACACCUGUUGUGCUGAGUGUAAAAAAUCAAGAUAUAGUGAAUAAAGAUCGUUAUUCUCAAAUAAAAGGAUUAAGAUAUCCGACGAAACCAGCUGGAUCUAUUUAUAAUACAGAUGGUCCGGGGACAGGUAUUAGGAAGUUGUUUUGUUUUGAAAAGUCACCCUAUACGGAUGAUUUUCAUGAGAAUUAG